UUAGUCUCGUUGAACACCAUGAUCAGUACAAUGCUACGUGCUGGCUAUGAACGACAAGCAUUGGAGACCUAUGAUUUGAUUAUGCUACAAGGUGUUAAACCUUCCCAUAUAACUUUUACUACUGUUUUUAGUGCUUGUGGUGCUCUUUUGGAUGCAGGAUGCGGUAGGAAAAAUCAUGGGGUUGUGAUCAAGCUUGGUCUUGACGGUAACAUUUAUGUAGUUAAUGCCCUUUUGUCCAUGUAUGCUAAGUGUGGCCUUUCUGGGGAUGUAAUUCGUGUCUUUGAUGACAUUGAUGAGCCUAAUGAGGUUACCUUUACUACAAUGAUGGGUGGAUUAGCACACAUGAAUCAAGUCAAGGAAGCUUUGGAGAUGUUUAGGCUCAUGCUGCAAAAGGGGGUUCAUGUUGAUUCUGUAUCUUUGUCCAGUAUAUUGGGUGUGUGCGCAAAAGGAGGAUUUGAUGAAAGGGACAUUGGUCUAUGCAAUCAGAGUCAUGGAAAACAAGUGCACACACUCUCAAUUAAACUGGGAUUGGAGGGAGACAUCCAUUUAAGCAACUCGAAGCUGGAUAUGUAUUCGAAAAUAGGGGACAUGGAUAGCGCUGAAAAAGUUUUCGCGAAUAUGAGUCGGCAUAGUGUUGUUUCUUGGAAUGUGAUGAUAGCUGGGUAUGGCAACAAAUGCAACAGUGAGAAAGCUGUGGAGUAUCUCCAGAGAAUGCAAUGUUGUGGAUAUGAACCGGAUGAUGUUACUUAUAUCAAUAUGCUAGCAGCAUGUGUCAAGUCGGGGGAUGUUAAAACCGGGCGUGAUAUAUUUGAUAGCAUGCCUUGCCCGAGUUUGAGUUCAUGGAAUGCUAUACUCUCAGCCUAUAGCCAGAAUGCAGAUCAUGAAGAGGCACUAAAAAUGUUUAGAAAAAUGCAAUUCCAAUAUCAGCUUCCUGAUCGAACUACAUUAGCAGUUAUUCUUAGUUCAUCUGCGGAACUUGGACUUCUUGAGGCUGGAAAACAGGUUCAUGCAGCCUCUCAGAAGUUCGGGUUCUACAAGGAUGAGUAUGUUUCAAGUGGUCUUAUCAAUGUGUAUUCAAAAUGCGGGAAAAUGGAGUCUUCAAAGAAUGUAUUUAAUAAGCUGCCCAAAGUAGAUGUUGUUUGUUGGAACUCAAUGAUAGCAGGGUUCUCAAUAAAUUCUCAGGACAAUGAAGCUUUCUCUUUCUUUAAGCAGAUGCGCCAAUGCGGCUUCUAUCCUUCAGAGUUUUCAUUUACUACCAUUGUGAGCUCUUGUGCAAAACUCUCUUCAUUAUCCCAGGGACGCCAGGUUCAUGCUCAGAUAAUAAAAGAUGGUUAUGAAGAUGACAUAUUUGUUGGCAGUUCUCUUAUAGAAAUGUAUUGUAAAUGUGGAAAUGUGGAUCAAGCCAGAUACUUUUUCGAUAUAAUGCCAAGUAAAAACACUGUUACCUGGAACGAAAUGAUACAUGGUUAUGCACAUAAUGGAUAUGGUGACGAGGCUGUUUCCCUUUACAAGGACAUGAUCACAUCUGGUGAAAAACCCGAUGAUAUUACUUUUGUUGCCGUCUUAACUGGUUGUAGCCACUCUGCAUUGAUUGACGAAGGAGUUGAGAUAUUCAAUUCAAUUCAGCAAAGAUUUGGAGUGGUGCCAAAGUCAGAUCAUUACACUUGCAUCAUAGAUUGCCUCGGCCGAGCAGGGCGAUUCCAGGACGUAGAAGUGAUCCUAGAUACUAUGCCAUGCAAGGAUGAUCCAGUUGUUUGGGAAGUGGUGUUAAGCUCAUGCCGCAUUCACACUAACUUGAGCUUAGCAAAAAGAGCAGCGGAGGAACUCUUCCGGUUGGACCCUCUAAAUUCGGCAUCUUACGUGCUUCUAGCAAACAUGUACUCUUCUUUGGGAAGAUGGGAGGAUGCAAGGGCUGUUAGGGAUCUAAUGAGUGAUAAUAGGGUCCGCAAGGAUCCUGGUUAUAGCUGGAGUGAGUACAAGAAUGAUAUUCAGCACAUUAUGGAAAACAAUCUAUAGACUAUAAUCUUCCACCUGAUUGGCAAGAAGUUCAAUUAAGAAAUAUGAUAUCACUGUGAUAGUUGUCACUCGACCUUUAUGUUUAGAGCUAUAGGUUGUUAAUAUAGUGUAAGUCAGGAGCUAUUAUAUAUAGUGCAUGUUAGUAGCUUAGUUAAAUUUAUCAGGUGAAAGGCUCACCAAGUUCACUACUGUUAGUUAGUUAGAAAGGCUUUGUUCUACUACAGCUGAGGUGCAUUGUAGAGAGUAUAUAUAUAUAUAUAUGUAUGUAGACUCUUCUAAUAACAGAGAUUCACCAUUUUAUCCUAUCAAGUUUCACAAUUCUAUCUCUCUCUCUGAAGUUCUCUCUCAAAGGUGUUGAUGGUGUGGGCAACAGUACCUUCGAGAGAGAACUUCAGAGAAAAAGAUAAAAUUGUGAAACUUGAUAGGAUAAAAUGGUGAAUCUCUGUUAUUAGAAGAGUCUACAUACACACAUAUAUAUACUCUCUACAAUGCACCUCAGCUGUAGUAGAACAAAGCCUUUUUAGCUAACUAACAGUAGUGAACUUGGUGAGCCUUUCACCUGAUAAAUUUAACUAAGCUACUAACAUGCACUAUAUAUAAUAGCUCCUGACUUACACUAUAUUAACAACCUAUAGCUCUAAACAUAAAGGUCAAGUGACACCCUCCCUUAAGUUAGGAGCACAUAUGUUCAGCAUUCCAAGUUUGUCUCAUAGCCCACUGAACACAGUGGGUGCAAGUGCCUUAGUGAGCAGAUCAGCCACUUGCUCAUGAGUCGAAAUCGGCAGUAAGUGAAUCAGUCCUUCUUGAAGUUUAUUUCUUACCACAUGACAAUCUAUUUCUAUGUGUUUUGUUCUCUCAUGGAAAACAGGAUUGGAUGCAAUGUAUAUAGCCGAUUGACUAUCACAAAAGAUGUUAAUAGCCUUGGAAAGAGGAACCUGCAAGUCUCUUAAUAUGUAACUAAUUCACUGUGCUUCUCAAGUGGUACUUGCCAAUGCUCGAUACUCAGCCUCAGAGGAUGAAGACGCCACUGUCAAUUGCUUUUUGCUCUUCCACGAUAUGAGUGAGUUUUCCAGAUAGAAGCAAUAAGCCGAAAUUGACUUCCUUGUGUCUGGGCAUGCUGCCCAAUCUGAAUCUGAGAACCCAGUCAGAUUGUAAUCUACCUCUGAAGUGAAGAACAACCCUGCUGCCGGUGCUCCUUUCAGGUACCUGAGCACAUGAUGUGCUGCCUGCAUAUGUUGAGUGGUCGGACAGUCCAGAAAUUGACCGAGUUUCCCCACUGCAUGGCUGAUAUCUGGUCUGGUAUUGGCUAAGUACAACAGCCUCCCAACUAGCUUUCUGUAGCCCGAGUGAUCCUUCAAUGGCUCUCCCUUUUCUCCGGACAGCUUCACUGUAUAGUCUAAAGGUGUAGUCGCAGGCUUGCACUCUUCGAACCUUGUCUCCUUUAAAAGAUCCAUGAAAAAUCAAUGCCAUCUCUAUUCUCUACAUUAGAAAUCCUAUAUAUACAGGUAAAGCUCACUCAUUUUGUUGGCCUUGAAGUAGGAGGUGGCAGCACCUCACACCAUAAUUGGGUGGUUCAUCACUCCAUGAGUUCUUCGCACUGCAAAUUCUUUAGAGAGUGAAAUUGGGUGCGGGCAUGUGGUUUGUGGUGCAGUUCUUUCCCAAUUUGGUGGCUUCUUUUUCAAUUGAUGCGUACAAGCGGUGGGAGUGGAAGCAGUAAGCUUGCUUUGCAAGCUGCUUCUUGUCCUAUUAAUAGCAAAGUUCGUUUAUGGGGUUGGUAACCAUAGCGAACUGAAACAUCCAUAGAGACAUUGAUGGCAGCAGAGCGGCGCCUUUUCCAUGGCGGAAUGGGAUUCAAAGGAGCAGACAGCAUCUUCAUGACUUGGUUUGGCCAUGAGAAUUUCACAGACCAUGGAAUUGGGGUGACCGCUUCAUUCUCUUGGUAAUUUUUUUUGGGCAUAAACGCGGAUUUUCGGGUGUGCUUCUGAAGGCUUGUUCUGCAGCAACUUGAGUCAGUCAUAAGUUGUUUGAAUCUCUGAAGUUGUGGUGGCUUCUUUUUCAAUGGAUGAUUGGAUUUGGUGGAAAUUUAGGAGUUGGAAGCAGUGGAGUGGAUUGCUUGAUUCAACCCUUCUUUGUUGCUGUUGAGACUAAAGUGGAAAUUCUAAUUUUCCAUUUUGAUAAUUAUUAUGCUUUCAGUUCUUGAUUAUUGAAUUUAACUAGGAAAGUAGAUACAAGAGUUUAAUUUAUUGUUUAUGUUUUCUGUUUUGCAGCAACUUCAGAAGAUGAAACAUACAAAUUUUCAAGUUCAUGUGUAUGAUGAGGUAAAAGGAACGGAUUCAUGGGAUUUAAAGAUCUGGGAAAAAGGGAACUAGUGACAACAAUAUUACUAUGAUAUAUGUAUUUAAGUAGCUGGUUAUCCGGCCACAAUGUCAUAGCUUGAUUUUCAUAGUUAUCAUAGUAAUAUUGUUGUCAUAGUAAUAUUUUAAGAUUGUUCUAUAAUUAUUGUUUUCCCAGAUAACACUUUAGACAACAAGCAAAUAAAUCUGGUCAGGGUGUUGUGUUUUUGCUAAUUAUGAAUUAUGAAUUGGGUAAGGUAUUUGUGGCUUUAGGACUUUUUGGUUUGGAAUCAAUGCAAGAGGGUACAACAAAUGUUGUCUCAGCUUGGGAGUAAGGUGGGUGCACUACUAUUUGCAUGUUGGGAGUAUUUACCUUAAAUUUUGUUUUCUUUUCAGUGAUUCAGAUUUUAGUCCCUUGAGGCUCCUAGCGUUUAGGUUCAAGAAGGUUUUAUCCAUUACUAAGUAAUUUUUUGUAAACUCAUGUAUUUUAUCUCUAUAAUAUUUAUUUUCUCAAACCA